UCGGUCAUACUGUUGCAAAACAACAACAAAAAACACUGAUAAAACACACAUAAUUUACUGCCUUUGUUAGCCCCGGCUAUCAGCUAAUCUUACUGGGUUGAGCACUCGUAUUGUUGUCCAGUGCGCCAGUUAAACUUUGUCCUCACCCGCAACACCAUGGCAGCCUACCAGAUGGGAUCGGGCCACGCAGUGCCCAUGACUCUCUUCAGGGACAACAGGGAUCGCGCCGUGAAGGCCAUCCUCAAGGAGCUCCUGCCGGGCCUGAAGUUCGAUGCGGGCAACCUGCUGGUGCUCCUUGAGGGCGGCAAGGACAAGAGCCUGUACAACACCGACGUGGACUACGUGUUCCGGCAGGAGUCCUACUUCCAGUACUUGUUCGGGGUCAAGGAGCCGGGCUGCUAUGGCGUCCUCACCAUCGAUGUGAAGACGGGCGACCAGAAGAGCGUUUUGUUUGUGCCCCGCUUUCCGGAUGAGUACGGCACCUGGAUGGGCGAACUGCUGGGCCUGCAGGAGUUCAAGGACAUGUACGAGGUGGACAAGGUCUGCUACGCCGACGAACUGAACACCUAUCUGGAGAGGGCGUCGCCCAAGCUGAUACUCACGCUGAGCGGCACCAACAGCGAUAGCGGGCUCACCCUUCAGCCGCCGGAGUUUGAGGGCAAGGAGAAGUACGUGACCGACUGCGAUCUGCUCUAUCCCAUCCUUUCCGAGUGCCGGGUGAUCAAGUCACCCGAGGAGAUCGAGGUGCUGCGGUAUGUCGCCAAAGUUUCCUCGGACGCCCACAUCAGGGUGAUGAAGUUCAUGCGCCCCGGUCGCAUGGAGUUCGAGGGCGAGUCCCUGUUCCUGCAUCACGCCUACUCCGUGGGCGGCUGCCGGCACGCCUCUUACACCUGUAUCUGCGGCAGUGGGACGAACUCCUCGAUUUUGCACUAUGGUCACGCAGGAGCACCUAACAGCCGACCCGUCCAGGACGGCGAUCUCUGCCUGUUCGACAUGGGCGCCAACUAUUGCGGCUAUGCGGCAGAUAUUACCUGCACUUUCCCUGCCAACGGCAAGUUCACCGAGGACCAGAAGUUCAUAUACAACGCUGUGCUGGAUGCCCGCAAUGCUGUCACGGAGGCGGCCAGAGAUGGAGUCUCUUGGGUAGACAUGCACAGGUUGGCGGGCAAGGUGAUGCUGCAGCGCCUCAAGGAGGGCGGCAUGCUGAAGGGCGAUGUGGAGGAGAUGCUCGAGGCAGGUGUUUCUGGAGUAUUCCAGCCCCACGGUCUGGGCCAUUUGAUCGGUCUGGAUGUGCACGAUGUGGGCGGAUAUCUACCUGCGGAACCCAAGCGCCCCAGUGAACCGUGGCUGAGCAAGUUGCGCUUUGCCCGCAUCCUUAGGGCCGGCAUGUAUGUGACCAUCGAGCCGGGCUGCUACUUUAUCAAUUGGCUGAUGGACAAAGCCUUGGCCGAUCCAAACAUUGUCAAGUACAUCAACGUGGAGGUGUUCAACCGCUUCCGUGGAUUUGGAGGCGUGCGCAUCGAGGACGAUGUGCUGAUCACUAAAACUGGCGUCGAGAACUUUGCGAUCGUGCCGAGGACAGUUGAGGAAAUCGAGGCAACCAUGAGCUCGUCAUAAAUAAAAUUUACAGGCUUACAGCUUGGGAAAAAGUAUCGUACACUUAUGCAUAUGUUAUAUACUGGUAUCAUAAUCAAGUUAUGGAAUAUACAAUAAAUAAAUAUAAUGA